CAGAGAAAUUCAUAGUAGCUUCGAAAAAACACAGAAAAGAAUAACUGAUACAGACCUUGCCACGGGCCAGAAAAUCAAAUGAAGCAGCAGCAGAAACGUGCAUAGCCACUGCUAAAGUAACACAUCCAAAAUUCAAUCAUUUAUACUGUUUCACGAAGAAUUCUAUGCUACUGACGUUAUAUUACUACUAAAAUUAAAAUUGCCAUCAAACAAAUGCAACGGACCAACGCCAUUUAAGUGAUACAACAAAACAAAUAAAAGUUUAAACAACAUAAGUGCUGUGAUUUCCACUACAAAACAACAACAACAACCAACCAACAAAUGUUAAUUUAAACUGCAACAAGAAGGAGAAAAAGCAAUCAGCAAGAAAACAAACAGCAAAUUGUGAUAAAUUAAAUAAUCUUAAUUAAUUAAUUGUACAAGUGAUAAAAAAGGGCAAAAAGCCGUCGGAAAACUGCGAGCGAACGAACGAACGAUUUUCGAUUCGAUUCGACUUUCCACCAAACCACACAGAAAACCAAUGAAAAUGGAUGUUAUCCCCGUGCAAGGCAUCUACGGCGUUAUUCUGGGAUCAAACAAAAAUAGAGAUUGGAUCGGCACACUGACACCGCCCGUUACCGUCGAAGCGGCCGUGGCCGUUAUGCCCAAAAAGGCCAAGACCGCCGGAACAGGCAGCAGCAGCAAUACCACAAACGUCACCGCCACCGCCACCGCCACCAGUAUUAAGCACAAGCAACCGGCGGGCAACAAUAACAACGUUGGCCAGAGCCAGAGCAAGAAGACGAAGCCAAGCGGCAGUUACAACAGCAACUACUACUACGCGGACGAGGAGGAGUGCGGUAGCAGCUACUUUUCACCAGAUCUCGACAUGAAGGCCGUGGAGGAGCUGUCCCAGCGACUCCUGGACGAACUGAGGGCGGCCAAGUCGCGGCAUUUGACAUGCACGGAAGUGUCGCUACCCUGUGAUCUCACGCCGAGCGUGGCCCGGGAAAUUAUCCGAGUGUCGGAGAAGGAGCCCUGCGGCAUCCGCGGCUGCACCAUCUACAUUGAGUUCGAGGAUGAGCCGAAGAACUCGCGUCGCAUCGCCUCGAUCAAAGUGGACCCGGACACGGUGUCAACUUUCGAAGUCUAUCUGACCCUCAGGCAGGAUCAUCGCGGCUGGACGUCGCUGUUGCCGCAGUUCAUGAAGAGUCUGGCCCGCACGAUCACCAUCAGUCCGGAGUAUACGAUCACCAAGAACAAGCUGUAUUCCGCCGAUGGCUUGGGCGCACGCCGGAGUUAUAGCUUCGGCAGUCACGCUCAUAGCCCCAGUGCGGCCAUAGCCACGCCCACAAAUUAAGGUGAUCUGCAUGAUCUGUUAGAUAUAUAUACAUAAUAUGUAUGUCUGCGAAAGAAAACACCACCCCUGUGAUGAUCGAGAGCAGUAGUUUGUUGCAGUUGAAGAGCAACAACGAAGCAAGUAUUCGAAGCCACCCCACCUACACCACACACACACAUACACACACACACACAAUACACAAGAUACACACACAUUAGGGUACGCCAAUCACACUCUCAUACUAAUACUAUAUAUGGGACCUUAAGGCCCGAUUUUUGUAAUUGUGACUCUCACCACCAUUUUACUUAGAUGCGUAGUGCUAUAACAAAUAAUUAGAGUUUUAAGUUGUUUCUCCUUUUUCAAAAACGCAAAAGCAAGAAAAACAAAAGGCGAGAAGAGCGGAAGAAAAGUAAAGAAAAACCAACAUGAAAUUCAAAGACGGCAGCCCCACGAUACCCAGAAUCAUAUUUCUGGGACCUUCGCUUUGGGGCUCGCCGGUCGACAACUCAUGAAUAUGUGAUACUGUUUAAGAUGCUAAGAGUUUUUUGCCGGCUAGCCCAAAAUCCGGCAAAAGACGUUGAUAAAAUUACACAUUUAACACACACACACACACACACACCACACCACACCCCUCCCCCCCCAUACACAAA